AUGGCUAUGCCCCACAACCUAGCAGCACCGCUGAACUAUGGGAAGAGACUUCUGCCCGUCCUCGUCGAUGAAAUUGCUGCUACUGAUCCUGAACGAACAUUCGUGUCAACUCCCAGGAGCUCUGAUCUUGCAGACGGAUUCAUAGACAUAAGCUAUUGCGAAUUCGCCAAAGCUGUGAAUCGUUGUGCCUGGUGGUUACGCAAGGAGCUCGGAGAGCACACGGAGCAAAAGACCGUCCUGUACCUAGGGCCACUGGACUUGCGAUAUCUGAUCAUAAUUUUGGAAACAGCAAAGGCAGGGCAUAUUGUAUUCCUCAGUUCUCAUCGUAACAGUCUCGAGGCCCAUUUAUCGCUCCUCCAGAGGUCAGGAUGCCAAACUGUUAGGCUCCCAUCGCGACCACCUAUUAUUAUCAAGCAAAUCCUAAAUGCGCGGCAUAUGCAGACAAUCAACACGCCAGGGGUCGACUUCUUUAUGAACGACUUCGACAGCGUCGAGCCUUUUCCUUUCACAUUGACUUGGGAAGAGGCGAAGAAUAAGCCUUUCUGCAUUCUAUAUACUUUAGGCUCGAUGGGUAUCCAUAAGCUGGUAUUUGUCACUUACGGCACUUUUGCCUGUAAUGAUGCUCAUCAGCCAGUCCCAUCGCUGGGAGGUAAACCAACCCUCAUCAGUUUCUACAAGGGGAAAAGACUCUUUCUUGCGUUGCCUCUUUUUCAUGCCGCCUCCCUCAAUUUUAGUCUCGGGCUCAAUGUCCUCUCAGGAUUCACCUGUGUGUUGCCACCACCAGAGCCGCUCACAGCAGACGUGGCAAACCAGAUAUUCACACAUGGUUCAUGCGAAACCGCACUUCAUCCGCUCGAGGUAAACGAGGACCCGGCUGAUUGGCAGUAUCUUACCAUCAGUCGAUUUCUAGGUCAUACCUUUCGAUUGGGGAGAGAUGGGCUGUAUGAGCUUGUUAUUGUACGUCAGAAACAGUGCGAACCCUUUCAGUGCGUUUUUGCAACGUUUCCAGACAUGCAAGAAUUUGCUGUGGGCGACCUCUUCGAACCGCAUCCCAGAAGGCCAGAAUCUUGGAUCUUUAAAGCUAGGACGGACGAUAUCAUCGCGUUCACUACUGCUGAGAAACUGAAUCCGAUCACUAUGGAGAGCGUAAUAUUUGCGAAUCCCAAAGUCAGAUCCGCGAUAAUCGGUGGUCAGGCGGAGUUUCAAGCCUCGCUCUUGCUCGAACCCAAGGUCCAUCCGAAAACGGCCGCCGAACAGGAGCAAUUUAUCAAAGAAAUGUGGCCAAGCAUUGCACAAGCGAACCGCGAUUGUCCCGCUCAUGGUCGGAUCAUGAAGGGCUUCGUCAUGUUGACGAACCCAGAUAAGCCCAUGCCAAGGGCUGGGAAAGAUACUGUUCAGCGUUAA